UAACCAACUGAGCCACCCAGGCGUCCCUCCAUUUGUAUGUUUUAUAAUAGGUACAGUUAAUCUAUGGUUAUAGAAAAAACAAUGGUUGCUUUUGGCUGGUUGUGGGAAUGGGAUGGAGUUUGACUUGGAAAGUGCAGAAGGCAAGGAACUUUCUAGAGUGGUGGAAAUGUUCCAUAUUUUGAUGAGGGUGUGAGUAAGACAGGCCCUAAGCUUUUGUCAAAAAUUCGUCAAACUGGUAUAUUCCCCCCCCCAACACACACACAUUACUGAGUUAUACCCUAAGAAUCUUUGCAUUUUACUAUAUGUAAAUUAUACCUCAAAAACAUUUUAAAAGUCAGUAUAACUAACAGAAAAAUAAAAAAUAAGAGAGUUUGAAUUCUAGUGUUUCAUAGGGAGUUGAUAAAAUUCAAAGUUGAUUCACAUAGUAACAGAAAGUAUAUGAUUUCAGGUUAAGGAGUCAAUUACCAAAUGAACUAAAAACAUCUGGUUAACAGGUUGCCACUAGAGAUGGGAGGGGUUGGAGCGAGGAUCAUUACUUUGCAUUAUAACUAGGUCUUUUUUUUAUAUGCAUGGAUAGUAUUACACAGAUUUGCUUUUGCAAAGAUAAGAGUUUUCCAAAGAUGGUGGUAGCACACUGGACUCAGAGGAGCAGCCAGAAGAAAAGGACAGAAUGUUCUUUGUGACACUUAGCUAUAGCCUAGAGUAUUUUAUACUCACAACCUUCCCAGGGACUUUGAACAGCACUUUGAAAUUAUGGCAUUGCUUAAGUGUGCCAUAGCAGUGGUUCUCCAUAUUUUCCCACUUCAGCACUUCUGGUGGAUAUUAAUAUUCUCAAGGUGACUGUGGCUUUCAGCUGCAGGGAUACUUAACUGAGUUGGGAGAGGGAAUACAUCGUUUGGAAAAACAAAUUGUGAAACAUCACCAGCAACCUGGAAGAAUUCUUGUUUACCAUACUUUACCAUAGUUUUUGGCUAGCUCUUAUUCUAGGAUAUUUCUAGUAUUGGACUGCAUAUAGUAUGUGCUCAGUAAAUGUUUGCUAGAUGAAUAGUUUUGAAUAGAAAUGGAAACAUAAUGGAGGAGAUGACUUUUGUCAUUUCUGCCCCACCCUCAAUAUUGAAUGCGUUUAAAAAAAUUUUUUUUUAAGAUUUUAUUUAUUUGUCAAAGAGAAAUACAGCGAAAGAGGAAACACAAGCAGGGGAAGUGGGAGAGGGAGAAGCAGGCUUCCCACAGAACAGGGAGCCCGAUGUGGGGCUUGAUGACCUGAGCUGAAAGCAGACGCUUAAUGACUGAGCCACCCAAGCGCAUACAUUUUGAAGAGCAGAAUAAAUGACUUAAUUACCUGGGUCUCUGCAGUAGUGAAUAAUUGGGACAGAAGACAAAGCACAUGGACUGGAAGUUGGAAGGGAGUGCUCAGAAAACAGACUCACACGAGCUGCAGGAGCAAGAAGUCAUCCUAGAGGACAUGGGCGAAGAUAGCAUCUCUGAAAGCUUCCGGCUUCUACAGAUCGAUGUGGAAUGCGAGCAUCGGGAGGGAGAUAUGCUGCCCACAGGCAGUACAGUGUGGUGUUCAAAAAAUGUCCAAAGAAAACAGAGACACUGGGAAAAGAUAGUUGCAGCAAAGAAGAGCAAAAGAAAGCAAGAAAAAGAAAGAAGAAAGGCCAAUCGUGUAGAAAAUUCAGGCAUCUGCCCCCAGCACAGCAAACGUUUUCUGAGAUCCUUAACCAAGGAGAGACUUUUGGAAGCCAAACACUCAGGACCAAGACUCUGUAUUGAUCUGAGUAUGACCCACCACAUGUCUAAGAAGGAGGGAUUCCACCCUAGGGUUCUAGGGAUGGCUGAAGAAUACACACUUGACAUUGGACAGGAAUUAAGUAGACUGGCUGGACAGAUUCGAAGGUUGUAUGGUUCAAAUAAAAAAGCCAGCAGGCCAUUCUGGAUCUACCUCACUGGAUUCACAACAGACAGUCCCCUAUACGAAGAGUGUUUGAGGAUGAAUGAUGGAUUUUCUAGUUACCUGCUAGACAUAACAGAGGAAGACUGCUUUAGUUUAUUUCCUCUGGAUACCCUUGUGUACCUGACUCCUGACUCAGAACACGCUCUUGAAGAUAUUGAUCUAAACCAAGUUUACAUCCUUGGUGGACUUGUGGACGAAAGCAUUCAGAAGAAGGUGACAUUUCAGAAAGCCCGAGAACAUUCCGUCAAGACAGUCCGCUUGCCAAUCCAGGAAUACAUGGUCAGACACCAGAAUGGGAAAAACUAUCAUUCAGAGAUACUGGCCAUCAAUCAAGUAUUUGAUAUCCUGUCCACAUACUUUGAGACGCAAAACUGGCCUGAAGCACUGAAGAAAGGAGUUUCUUCCAGAAAAGGCUAUGUUCUUCAGAACUCCGUGGAUGAUGGACAGCCUGAGAAGCUGCCGGAGGCAAAGCUGCUGGAGGUGUCUUGACUGAAAAGUAGGGCAGAGGCUGGCGAUGGCACACACUUGCCUUUACUUGUUAUCUUGGAUCGCCACUAGAAUUUAAGUUACUAAGAACAGGGACCACAUUUUAUGCUCUUUUCUAUCUCCCAUAGUGCCUAGCUCACAGCAAGAGCCCAGAUAUGUUGACUAAGUAAAAAGUUUACAUAACAAGAAAUUAGCCCUCAGCUACAUGGCUUUGGAUGUAUUCAUCUUUUAUAUACCUAUUUGUGAAAUACCUACUCUUUAGAAGUAGCUUAACAAUUAAAUAGUUAUUGUUA